AUGAAUAUAGACGAGGAUGAUUGUGAAAUUGUCGUCAAGAUAUUUGAGCUGAUUUACAACCCCGAUAUAAAAGCCAAGAAACAAUUAAUGGUUCCCAUGUCCUCCAUUUUUAAUCUGAUGCAAAGCUGCGAAAAGAGGUUGAAUAAUGGAAGCUUACAGGAUGUUGAUGCUCUGUUUGGAUGUGGUAUCAUCUUGUUUAAUACUGAGGACUUGGAUGAUAUAUCGUCUGAGGAAGUAGAAUACGCUUGCGAUAUGUUAUUCUAUACAAUCAAUUGGUUCCGAGAAAUUAUAAACGCAUUCAUGUUUUCUCGAGAAGACAAAUUUAGAGAAAGAUUAAUAAGCAGAUUUCGCAGUAUCCUUGAAUUAGAGGAGUUACUUCAAAGGCUGUUGAAACAAUCGCCCAGGUAUGCGCCUGUGGAAUUCCACGCGACUGCACCUGCUUUAAAUAUUAGUCACAAGUCCUCCUCUCAGAUUAUCAGUAGCCUGGGUACUCACGAAUCCCAGGAAACGGCUACCAGCGAACCAUCCUUGGGACAAAAAGCUUUCAAGAAAGAUCAUAAAUCAAGCACAAUGAAAUUUAAGUCGGUUGAUGAAUUAAGACCUUAUAUGAGAGCUUUUCAUCUGCACCUUUUAGAACUUCUCAAAUAUAACCAAGAAUUAGAAGAUGAGACAAUACAACUAACAUGUACCGAAAUCAAUUACAUUUUAAAUGACCUUGAUGUCAAACUAGAUAUAAAAAUUAUGCCACCUCCACCUGUUUUCUUUGGCAAAAAGAAAUCUGAUGAUAAGCAUCCCUCCUGUAAUUCGACAUUGUUGGCUCGAACAGACGCACAAGGUCUGAUGAAAAAGGCUAUAUUGUAUUUACCACCUAUUCUUCAAACCCUUGAAGAUAUAUAUAGCGAACUACAAGCCAAGGACAUUGAAGCCGGUCGCAUCGAGGGUCACGAAGAUAUUGCGAUGAGUAUCUCUCUUGUAUUUAACAUUUUAUUCAAAUUGAUUUCAUGGACCGAUAUUCAAAAUUCCGACAAUGCCGACAUCUUACAGAGCAUUGUUCGUGUUAUCGCCUUAAGAACCGAAAGUACACAAACAUCAUUCGAAACAGAACUCAAAAAUGCGUUCCGAUACCUAUCUCAAUAUACAGAAAGUAUUCCUGAAGCUAAAACGGCCCUUUUAUUAUUCAAUAUAUUACAACGGCUCAUGGCGAUAUCUGAGCCCUCUGCGGUAUUAAAAAAAAAUGCUCUCAAUGUAGUCGAUCAGAUUAUUACAACCCGUUGGUUUGACUGGCGCGACAUCAGGAAAGAAAUACCCUACUUAAUUGAACAGCGAAUAGAAUUAAGCGAAGAUAGACUGGAUUUUCUUCAUCAGCUUGUCAAUGAUAUUAUACCUGAAUUUGAAGAAGCCGGUGCUUUAGAAGGAUUUCCAUUGCUAAGAGAGGAGACUGUUGUACAGCAUUACCAGGCUAUUAUUAAUCAAACAGUGAAAGCAUUCGAUUUGCUUAAAAAUACAGACGAAGAUGUCGAUAUCGUCUUGGUUUCCAACGCUCGUAUUGUUAGAAUUUUUGAGCGAAUUACGACCUAUGUCAAGACCAAGGAGGAUCGUGUAUUGAUUGGUAUCCUGUUAAAAACAGGCCGCUUAUUCAUUGAUCAAUUUACAAAGUAUUCAAUUCCAUUCUUCACUGGCGUUUUCAAAACACACAGUAAUGAUGUUGUAGGAAUCUUUAAAGAUUUCCAAGCCAGCACUCGUAUGUUACAGAUCAUUUGUUCUCAUGUCAAAGUACUGAAAGAAGUUGCACUAUCCGCGUAUGUGCCGCCCUUGAAAAAAGCAUUAGAAGUCGUUAUUUAUCAAGUUAAAAUGCUAUUGACUGAAAACCAUAUAUCUCAAAGCGCGUUUUUUAUGGGUGCAUUAAAACAUCGAGACAUUCGUGGUGCAGAAAUCUCAUCUCAGAUUCCUCGUGAAGCAGACGAAGAAGACGAGGUAACAUCAGAUAAAUCCGAUCAAGAUGUCGAUGACAACGAGGAUGGAUAUCCCAUCGGCGAAGAAGAAAUUUCUCGUGGUACAAAUAAACAAAAAAAACCCAAAAAGAGCGUCGCGAGAAAAAAUACGUCCAAUGUUGUUAGUAGAAAGAGAAAGUCAACAUUAUCUACCUCAACUACAGCUCAGCAAGCUCGCACAUCUAGUAUUGUUCCUUCUUCUUCAGAGGAUGAACAGGAUGACAGAGAUGAUGCAGAAGAAGAUGAAGACGACGAAGAAGAAGCUGUUGUCGUGAACAGAAAUAAAAAUAAGCGUAAUAACAAGCGAAGAAUUCAAGAAAUAGAGGAAGAAGCAGAUAAAGUAGAGGAUGAUGAAGAAGAAGAAGAAGAAGUAGAAGAGGAAGUAGAAGAGGAAGAGGAAGAGGAAGAGGAAGUGGAAGAGGUUGAAGAACCUGAAGUUAUCCUAGUUAAUAAAUUCAAAACCAAACGCAAAGCUCGUGCUACACAAAAAGAGAAAGAUGUCGUGGAUGAUGUUGAAUCAAGUAAUCAAGAAGAAAGCAAUCAUGAAGAUGAUAAAGAAAAUGAGGCAGAAGAAGAUGACGAUAUGCCUCCAUACAUCCCUCCAUCCCCGCCUAUAAAGGCACCAACUGCCAAAAAGAGACGAUUAGGUCUCGGUCCUCUCAUUAAAUCAACAAAGAAGAAAAUCUUUAAUUUGACUGGUCCCUCUGAUCAAGAUAGUGAUUAA